AUUUGAUUCACUUCAAAUUCGGAAUCUUGAUACGACGAGUAUGGUCAUCAAAUCAUAUUAUAAUCGUAAUUUUUCAAUCGACAAGAAUGUUCUUUUUAGAAUAUCUGAAAAAAUUUUACCACGAAUUUAUCAUCAAUUAAAUGAACUUAUUAUUGAACAAUAUUCAAUGGAACAUAUUCUUUUUGCUUUUAAUUAUCCUCAACUUUACUCAUUAUCACUUGUUAAUUUUCAAGAAGAAAUACUUUUUGAAUGUUUAACAGGUGAUUCAAUUCUUCAUCAUCUCCUUACUCAACAAAUUACAGAUCUUAAUGUUGAUGUUCCGUAUAAACCAAAAUCAAAAGUAUCUGAAAGUCUAUCAAAUAUAUUUGCAUUGAUUUUAUCCAUGUCUCAACGAUUAAUUAAUUUGAAUUUUUGUCAAUUAUUUCCUUAUCGAAAGACUACAAUUUCUAUUUAUAAGUUACUAUCAGCAAGUUGUGUAUCAUCAACUUUAACUAAAUUAAAAGUCAAUGUCGAAACAUUUGAUGAUUGCCUUUAUCUUGUUCGACAUCUCAAAUAUUUAUUAACAUUAAUUAUUGAUGUGAAAGACAUAUCAUUAAGUUUCUACGAUAGAAAUAAUAAAGAAAAACUUCCCGAAUUGAAAUAUUUUUCAUUGACUUCAAUGAUGUUUACAUCUCAUUAUGAUGAUCAAAUUAUUCCAUUACUUCGUCGAAUGAUAAAUCUUAAAGAAUUGACAUUAUUCUUGGCAGUACUAAAAAGUUACUCGACUUAUAUUGAUGGUAUUCAAUUACAUGAUGAAAUUCUUAUUCAUAUGCCACAAUUAAACAAAUUUACAUUCAGUAUAAACACAAUUAUUCUUAACGAAAACAUCGAAAUUGAUCUACCAUCAAAUGAAGAUAUUCAACAUAGUUUUAUUGGGAAAAUAUAUGGAAAAGUUGGUUCAUACGUACAUGUUAGAUCAGAGGACAACGUAGGGGUGUCACAUGUCUAUUCACUUCCAUAUCAAUUUCAAUAUUUUCUUCAUCUUGCCAACUAUUUUCAAGGUGACAUGUUUCAUACAGUUCGACAUUUAACAAUGCAUGAUGGACGUCCUUUUGAAUAUAAUUUAUUCAAAAUUAUCUCUCAACGUUUUCCUCUUCUCAAAGAGUUAUGUGUUAUUAAUUGUAAACCACAAAAAAAUAAGCAACAUUCGCCCAUAUUAAUUAUAUUUCCUCAUCUUAUUCUUCUCGAUCUGGUUAAAAUACAUGUGGAUUAUGCUGAACAACUUCUCUUCGAUAAAAAUACUCAUCUACCUUCUUUGUUAGAUCUGUGCAUCAAAUAUAAGUCACUCGCAAUGAUAACAAAUUAUUUUACCAAUAAUCCAAUACGUGGCAAUUGUGCUAAAAUAAAAAAACUUCAUGCAGAUAAAUUUAUACGGCCAAAAAAUUUUCAUGAAUAUUUUCCUUUAUUGUAA